AUGACAUCAAAAGGAUUCGUCCAAACUCAAGCACAACAAUUUAAUCGUUAUCAACCCUCUCAAAAUUUUUCAUCACAUACUACUACUCCAACAUUAAGAUCUCGAACAACAUCGCCACAAACGACAAAUGACCAAUUUAAUACUUUAUCAUCGUUAUCAUCAACUCCAAUUUCAUCAUCAUCAUUAUUAUUAACUAGACCAUUUUAUCGUCAAACAACAUUUAGUCCACCGCCAAAUUUUGGUCGAUCCAUAAAGACAAAUCAUAAUCCUCAACGACGAUAUUCAGCUAAUAAUCAACACCAAAACGCUAUUUGUGACCAAGAUGAAAUCGAACAAUGUUAUUCAUUAACAAAAAAUGAAUUAGAUUCUAAUGAAGACGAUGAAUCAUCGGAUGAAUCAUCAGAUGAAUCAAAUUUAAUUGAAUUUCCACCACCACCUCGAGAAUUUUUAACACCAAACUAUGAUGAUCAUAUAAAAAAUGACAAAAAAGAACCGUAUAAUUUUACAACAAAACAAUCUUGUUCACCAACUCGAAUGACUCCAACAAAUUCGUUUGUUCACACAGUUGUUUAUCGAUCAGACUCAAGUUCAUCAUUAUCAAAUUCAUAUCAUUCAGAUUUAGAAUCAUCAUCCUCUCCAGUAGCGAUGAAUCUACAGCAUGCAACGGAUAGAAAAACGCCAACAAGCCGUGCUAUGAUAAGUGUCAGUUCAUCACAGACACCGCUUAUUACUAUUGCAGCCGGAUCUCCUACUCGUUCAGAAAUUCGUGUAGCAGCAUCACCAAAAUUACCCAAAGCAACAACCGUUCGUGAAAUUCGAAUAUCUAGACCCGAUUCACCGUCAAUUACUCUUAACCGAAAUCAAAUUGGAAAUGGAACACCGGGCAUUAACAGUGGAACUGGUGGCGCUUUUCACAUUUCUGUUGGUGCACCUAAUCACAAACAUUAUCAACAACAAUCAGAAAAUUUUUCAUCAUCAUCGCCUAUUAAUGUACGAGGUAGAACCUCGCCAGCAUUUCGACUUAUUGAUGUACCAGUUCAAAGAGAAAACAAUGAUAUUCGAGAUAAUCAGUAUAUGUCAAACUUGAUAUCAAAUCGUUUCAAACCAUUAUUUGCCUAUAGUAAUAAUAAUACAAACAAUAUUAAUCCAUCGACAUUAGAUCGUCGAUCUCCUGCGCCAUCUCAACGUCCAAUUUCACGAGGUGCUACGCCUCCAUUUUCAUUAUCAACGUUGCCUCCUCACUCAUCACCUGUUCCAAGUCCAUCAUCAGUAUCGAGUCCUUCACAACCAUUAUCAUCAACAUUGAUGCGUAAUGUACGAGGAGGAUCAACGGAAAAAGAAGCAGACAUAGAUCACCUAACCAGGAUGCUCAUGAAAAGUAUGAACACAUCGAAUGAACCAAAUUUUUUCGGUAUGUGUGCACGAUGUAAUGAUGAAAUUAUUGGUCAAGAAAAUGGACUAGUUGCAAUGGAUCGAAUGUAUCAUGUUGCUUGUUUUACAUGUUCAAUGUGUGCGUGUCGUUUACGAGGAAUGCAUUUUUAUGCGAUGGAAAAUAAACCAUAUUGUGAACCAUGUUAUAUAAAUUCAUUGGAAAAAUGUAUCGCAUGUUCAAGACCUAUAACUGAUCGAAUUCUACGAGCAACUGGAAAACCAUAUCAUCCCCAUUGUUUCAGAUGCGUUGCUUGUACAAGAAGUCUUGAUGGUAUACCGUUCACAAUUGAUGCCACAAUGCAAAUUCAUUGUAUUGAUUGCUUUCAUAGAAAAUUUGCACCGAGAUGUUAUGCAUGUAAUAAACCUAUUUUACCAACACCAGGUCAAGAAGAAACAAUUAGAAUAGUGGCAUUAGACAGAAGUUAUCAUGUUGACUGUUACAGAUGUGAAAGUUGUCAAAUUCAAUUUGCAACCGAUGAAGGUUGUUAUCCAUUAAAUGAUCAUAUACUAUGUAUUAAGUGCAAUCGUAAUCAUCAUCAUAAUAAUCAAAAAAGUAAAAUAACAGCAAUAAUAGAUAAUCAUUAUCAUCAUCAUCUUCAGAAUAAUAUUGAUGAUCUUUAA